CCUCAAUUGCAAAGAUGAAUACCAAGCCCCUUUUCUUCUUGUGCUUCCUAUGCGCACUGUUUAUGAUCUCUACUGUUCUUGCAGCAGAGAAAUCCAAAGAUGAAAAAGAAGCUAGCACUACAGUAGAGCAAUCGAAGGAAAACAUCGGAUUACAUGGUUGGGGAUACGGUGGACCUGGCUAUGGAUAUGGUGGUUGGGGACGUGGAGGUUGGGGAUACGGUGGACCUGGCUAUGGCUACGGUGGCUGGGGACGUGGCUGGGGAUGGCGUGGAGGAUGGGGUGGACCUGGCUAUGGAGGAGGUUGGGGACGUGGCGGAGGCUGGUAAAAUCAAAUUACCAUAUAUGUGAGCAGAACAUAUAGAACGACUUAGCAACUAAUAUGUAAGAAAUAUGAAAUAAAGCGUGGAUUUUAUAUUCCAUGUCAAGUCUAUAUCAAACAUGCAUAACGCAUGUCGU